AUGGGCAAGGCCGACAAAGCAUUCAAGACUUUCGUCAACAACAUCCCGAAUGACAAGCUCACCAGUCUGCCUGAUGCUACCCAGACACUAUAUCGAGACGUCGACUUCCGUCUCGACAUGCAGGGUAUGACAGCCGACAAGCCACCCCGGCAUAACCUCCAAGUCCAAAUCAACAACUCCACGACAAUCAGUACACUCAAGAAACAAGCUCCGAAGACUGUCUCCAUGUAUCAUGCCAGUAAAUCCGACACUCCGGCUGUCAUUCGUCAGGGAUUGUUGGAUGGGACGAACGUUCCAAGUUGAAUAUGUGAGGUGUGACGUCCACGUUCGGAGAUUACGUCGAAUACUUUGAUCAGGGUCUCUUUUUUUUUCAACUAGCCUGUAACUCCGUAGCCACAAAUUUUAGUGAAAUGACUGAGUUCUUGUUCUG